AUGUCGUCGAAGUCAACUGUUCCCACACAGAGUGAGAUCACUCUCGUGCCUGAGAACCUCCUCAAGAAGAGGAAGUCUCAGGAGAAGGCUCGUGAGGAGCGCGCGAUCGCAACACGCGAGAAGCGAGACAAGAGCAAGAAGAAGCGCGAGGUCAUCUUCACGAGAGCCGAGAAGUAUGUGAAGGAGUACCGCGAUGCCGAGCGGGAGCGCGUGCGCUUGUCGCGCGAGGCCAAGAAGAGCGAUAGCCUAUACGUCCCCGCCGAGCCCAAACUCGCCUUCGUCGUCCGGAUAAAGGGUAUCAACAAGAUUGAUCCCAAGAAGCGCAAGACACUGCAGCUUCUGCGGUUACUUCAGAUCAACAAUGGCGUCUUCGUCAAGCUUACCAAGGCGACUAUGGAGAUGCUGAAGAUUGUUGAGCCCUUCGUUGCUUAUGGCUACCCGAACCAGAAGUCGGUUCGUGAGCUCAUCUACAAGCGUGGCUAUGGCAAGGUCGACAAGCAACGCCUUCCUCUGACGGACAACGAGAUCAUCGAAGAGAACCUUGGCAAAUACGGCAUGAUCUGUAUGGAAGACCUUAUCCAUGAGAUCUGCACCGUUGGGCCGAACUUCAAGGCUGCUUCGAACUUCCUCUGGCCGUUCAAGCUUAACAGCCCUACUGGUGGCUUCCGCAAGAGGAAGUUCAAGCACUUCAUCGAAGGUGGUGACUUAGGCAACCGGGAAGACAAGAUCAACGAAUUGAUCAGACAGAUGAAUUAG